AUGCCAUUUAUCAAAAGCCUUAUCCUGACGACGGUGCUAUCUGUCGCUUCAACCGCUGCGAAAACCGAUUGCCCAGUAGGUUGGAUGCCAAACACCUUCGACGUCACGAGAUGUUGCUCCGGCAACAUGGUCGUCGACGAACAAGGCGCAUACUGCUGCGUCUACGACAUGAGACUCUACAAAGAGGCGCUUACCAACACGGCGUUACGCUACGAGACCGCCACCGCCACCACAACGUCCGAGACCGACUGGUCCACCCUGGAAAACUCUUGCAUCGCAGAGGUUCGCUUCACAGCCACAGACUACUCAGCCCAGGUCUCGUCGGCGUCGGAUAAAGCCGAAGCUACUCCCACAGAUAGUUCAAUUAGCGAGGUCACCUCCACCGGUACUACGGCUUCUUCGACUAGCUCUGGUACGGUCUCGCAGACUUCGACUCCCACUCCAACUUCAAACGUGGCGAUGCCGCUUGCUACAGCCGGAGAGGGAUUGAUUGGUGGUGCGGCAUUUGCUGCUGCUCUUUUCAUGCUCUGA